UAUGACUACAAAGCUUUGAAAAGAGUAAGCCUGCAGGCAAAUGGUUGACAGCAGAGAAACGACUUUGAAGUAGCUGGAAUCAGCUGUUUUAUUAAAUAUGUACAUUUUACUGAAAGUGAACAAAUUUAACUAAAUGUUUAAGAAAUCGAGCUUAACUACUUAAUUCGUACGGAAAUUAUUUGCAUCCUGCUACUUUUUUCUGGUGGCCUGCCAGAAUCAAUAAGACUGCUACAGUCUAAAGUCCUUCCCGUUGUCUCGUAUAUACCUAUAGUUGUUUCCCAUUUGCCGUCAGGGAGUGUUCCUUUUUUCUCCUUUGAUCAUCGCUAACGUAAACAAUACAGUGAAACAUGAAUGAAAUGGAUGGAAGCGGGUUACUCCCAGAGAUGGAGAACAUCAUUUGUCAGUUGGAAAGGGGCACUGUCGUUACCAAGUUUUUCCAGAAGAAACAUCCUGACAGAAGGAUUCUGUCUGUCAAAAGAGAAACUCGUCAAGUUGUGUGGUGCAAGCCAAUGAGUAAAAGAAAUGUCUACGAAGGAGCUGUUGAUUUAAGAGAAGUCAAGGAAGUAAGACCCGGUAGAAAUUCGAGAGAUUUUGAGCGGUGGCCAGACGAUGCCAGAAAAUUUGAUGAAAAUCGAUGCUAUGUUGUUUUUUACGGUCAGGAUUUCUGUCUCAAGACUCUUUCCAUCGGAGCUCUCUCCAGACCCGAGUGUGACCUAUGGGUAAGAGGACUACGGUUCUUGUCCCGUGACACCCUCACGUCCUCGUAUCCUUUACAAAUGGAACGCUGGCUUUGGAAGGAAUUCUGUAACAUGACAACUGACAGGACUACUGUGACGUUGAAAGAUGUCAAAGCGUUCCUGCCGCAAGUAAACUGCCAAAUGACCAAACCGCGGCUAAAGGAAGCUUUUCACGAGGUGGAUUGUCGAAGAUUGGGUGAACUAUCAUUCGACGAAUUCGCUUCCCUCUACCACAUCCUCAUCUACGAUGAAAACAUGUACCAGUCUUUCUUCCACAAGUAUUCAUCGGAUGGCAGCAUACUAUCUUUGGAAGAUUUCCAAAGAUUUGUGGCGGAGCAAGGCGACGCACCAAUGGAAGCCGAUGUAACGACGGCCUUCAUGAGAGAUUUUGUACGCGAUCUCCGACGCAACGUCGAGCCCGCCUAUUUCACUCCAAAAGAGUUCACCAGUUACCUCUUUUCGCAUCAUAAUGAACUUUGGGAUUCUCAGCACAACGCCGUUAAUCAGGAUAUGACUCAACCACUGUCUAGUUACUGGAUUGCUUCUUCCCACAAUACGUAUUUGACCGGCGACCAAUUUUCUAGUAUAUCAAGUGUCGAGGCUUAUGCCCGUUGCCUUAAUCAAGGUUGCCGAUGUAUCGAGCUUGACUGUUGGGAUGGACCAGACGGGAUGCCUUUUAUUUACCACGGUCACACUAUUACCAGCAAAAUUCGCUUUCUAGAUGUUGUUAAAACAAUCAAAGAGCAUGCCUUUACCAAUUCUACUUACCCAGUCAUUUUGUCAAUCGAAGACCACUGCUCACUACCGCAACAAAGAAAGAUGGCUAAAAUUUUUGAAGAAAUUUUCGGUUCGAUGCUACUUACGAUACCCAUUGAAAAGAACGAAAUAGCUAUGCCCUCACCCGAUGCACUACGGCGAAAAAUUAUUCUUAAGCACAAAAAACUACCAGAAGGAGCCACUUCUGUUUCACUGGACGAAUCUAUGACUAAUGGGACCCGCCUCGAUGAUAGUAGUAUUAAAGAUUUGGAUCUUUCAAAUUCGGAAAAGAACGGCAUAUUGUUUCUGGAAGAUAAAUUGGAUCGACAAUGGGUUUCUCAUUUUUUCGUCCUGAGUGAUGUCAAAAUGUACUACACUGAAGUUCACCCGGAAGAGACCGAGCCGGAAGAAGCAGAUGAUGAUGUCUCAAACAGUUCCCAAGAGUCGCUUCGAGAAGGUGUUCCAGAAGACGAACUACAUUUCGGCGAGGACUGGUUUCAUGGUCGACUUGCUGGUGGUCGACCCAGGGCGGAAGAACUGUUGCAGCAACAUGGACCUUCUUUAGGGGACGGUGCUUUUCUUGUUCGGAAAAGUGGAAACUUUGUAGGGGAUUUCUCCCUCUCAUUCUGGCGUCAGAAUAAGGUCUACCAUUGCCAUAUACGUAGUCGACAAGACUGGGGAAGAACGAAAUACUACCUUAUUGAAUCUAACUGCUACGAUAGUUUGUAUAGUUUAAUUGUUCAUUACAAAACUCAUCCGCUAAGAAGCCCGGGUUUCAGUAUCGUUUUAAACAAACCAGUUCCUCAACCUUGCACUCAUGAAAGUAAGGACUGGUAUCAUCCGACAACCGUACGCGCAAAAGCCGAAGAAUUACUUCGUUGGAUUCCAAGAGACGGGGCAUUUCUUGUCAGACCCAGCGAGCGAGAGUUGAACACAUUUUCAAUUUCAUUCAGGGCCGAAGGGAAAAUCAAACAUUGUCGGAUAAAACAAGAGGGCCGUCUUUACAUUAUUGGGACAGCUCAAUUCGAGAGUCUCAUUGACUUGGUUAGCUACUAUGAAAAGAAUCCUCUUUAUCGAAAAGUGCGCCUUCGCUAUCCAGUGACAGAGGAGAUUGUUCGUCAACGUGGAGUGAGUCCACAAGAUGGAGAAGACGCACCUAAUUACAUGGAUUCAACCGCUUUAACAGGGGUGACCGUAAAAGCUCUGUACGAUUACCGUAGCCAACAGGAUGACGAACUUUGUUUUUGCAAACACGCCAUCAUUUAUAACGUGAAAAAGGAAGACAACGGAUGGUGGCGGGGCGAUUAUGGAGGACGGCGGCAACUCCUCUUCCCGGCUAAUUACACACAAGAAAUUGACAUAACCCAAGAAAUUCAAAACGAGAACUCCACAGAGGUUACACCACUCGGUAGCUUACAGAAAGGAAGCUACGAUGUGGCGGGAGCUGUAAUUGAGUUGGUGGCAUUGCAUCCCAGAUCCCAAUCACCACCCGAUACUUCUCCAGACCUCAAUCCUCGAAAAAUUGCUCCCGAAUGGCUGCUGCGAGUGAAGUCACCCUUGCACUCUGAGCCUAUCGAAUUGGGUUGUGAUUCCAAAGAAGACGCUAUCGAUUGGUGUAACACGAUCAAGAGUGUCGCACAGCGUUGUAGCGUCCGCGAAAAUUUUCAUCGUGAAAUAGAAUUAACGUGGCGAAUUGCUAAAGAGCUUUCAGACAUUAUUGUGUACUGCCGAGCCGUAACGUUUAAUCAAGAACGUAUUUCGCGUGAUGGGCGAAACCCGUAUGAAAUGUCCUCAUUCCCAGAACAGAAAGCUGAAAAAUUUAUGCUACAAGACCCUAAAUUUUUCCUUUGGUAUCAUCAAAUAAUGUUUAGCCGUGUCUACCCGAAAGGACAACGAAUUGAUUCUAGUAAUUAUUGCCCAGUUCCUUUUUGGAACGUUGGCUCACAGAUGGCCGCUUUAAAUUACCAGACUCCUGAUAAAAGUAUGCAGUUGAAUGAAGCCAAAUUUCUGCAAAACGGCAAGUGUGGCUAUGUAUUGAAGCCAAGCUUUAUGUUGAAAAAUACUUCGCUAGAAUCUCCUUUGCAGACUGCAGAGGAUCCUCUAAUUGUCGUUGUUAAGGUCAUCGCUGCCCGUCACCUGACCAAAUCCAAGAGAGGGAUAGUAAGUCCUUGCGUAGAGAUUGAGAUUAUUGGCAGCCAACAAGACAACAUAAACAAACACACCACAAAGAUCAUAACUGACAAUGGUUUUAAUCCUGUUUGGGAUGAAACUUUUCAGUUAGAAGUUGCGUCUCCCUCUCUGGCACUCCUCCGAUUCGCCGUAUACGAUAUAGAUAUGUUUGGUGAUUCUCAUCUUAUUGCACAAGCCACAUACCCGCUUUUGUGUAUUCGUCGGGGAUUCCGAAGUGUUCCUCUAAAAAAUGGCUUUAGUGAACUUCUUGAAAUGGCAUCACUUUUAGUUUUUCUGGAUAUCCACAAGAGAAAGGAUGAAGGGAGUUCGGUGUUGUUGAAGAGGGACAGGCUUCGUGACCUAAGAAACCAAAUUACCGACGCUCAGGAGCGGGGCGACGCAUUGGCUGAGCAAGAGGCUCGCGCCGAAUUCCAAGAAAUCGAAUCCCAAAUUUUUGAAGAUUUUAACCGUACGCGUGAAAAGUAGCAAUGUUCAUAAAUGAUUUCCAUGAAGUCAAUAUGAAGGAAAGAUGGGGUUAUAAUUGAGCAUUCAGUCAUUCAUAUUUUCAUCAGAAUGUUUUUGUGAAUAUUCUGAUGGUUAAAAUGAUAAAAAUUUGACUAUUCAGCAAGUGCUCUAUCGAAUGGGUGCCUUUAUAUACUCAAUUGAUUUAAAGUGGUUUAUUCAUAUUUAUUAAUGAAUGCUGCUGAUUUACAAUCAUGUUAAUGAUAACCCAUCAGUUUGUUAUAAUACAUUGGCAAUAUAAACUUUUCACCAUCAA